CGACGACGACGGUAGCGUCUCGUCCGUCAGUGGCACCGGGCGCGACGAGUGUGUCGGUCGUCUAUCGGUCGGCUCCAAGCUCAGGUCCACGCACGCGUUCGCGCUACAGUCGGGGGGAAGGGGCCCACAACACGCGCCGGUAACCGCGUCCGUGGUGUCGUGCGACAAUAAUAAUAAUAAUAAUAAUAGGUAAUAAUACGUAUUAUGUCUUAUUUGUCGUGCCGCAUCUCGCACGUUUUUUUAUCGCAAUAAAAAAAAAAUUAAACGAUCGGUUUACAAUAAUAAUCACAUAUUAUUAAUAUUAAUAUUAUUAUUAUUAUUAUUAUUAUUAUUAUUUUGUCGUAAUCGACGUAUUUAAAUCAGACAGGCGAUGACGACCAUAACGAUCGUACCGUCAUCAUCAUCAUCAUCAUCACCGUCGUAGUCGUUAUUAUCGCGGUGACGACUCUAUUCUAUAUCAUUAUCGCAGUCGCGGUCGUACACGCACGCGACGUGUUGACGGACCGUUUCUGAUUUUUUUUUUUUUUUUUUUUUAUUCGUUUUCACACUCGUCUCGUCACUACGCUGUAAGUAACUCUAUACCGUCGUCGUAGCCGUCGUCACGUCGUCUGCGGACACCCUCGUCCCCCGGCUCGAAUAAAUCGUAAUUACACCGCGUCCCGAACGCGCGCGGAAAACGGACGGACCGAUGAUGGAAUCCUCGCCGAAGCCGACUACGCCGGCCGCCGGGCGGUUCGCGGACAGGGCCACGGAGAGCCUGUACCAGAGCUACAACGCGAAGCAGAAGCGCGCGGCGUUCGCGUGCUACGUGUCCGCGUCCGUGCUGUUCGACGUGUACUGCCUGUCCGUGUACGACGCCCGGUCGCCGUGGACGUGGUGCCUGCUGGCCGCCAACGUGGUCACGCUGCUCUGGUGCCGGCUGGCCGGCGGCCGGCGCCGGUACUGGACCGCCGUGGCCCACCUGGCCUGGCUCACGGCCGACGUCCAGGUCGUGUUCCACAUGGUGGCCAACGCGGCCGAGGGCGCCGACCUGCUCGGAUGGAUACUGCUCUACGAUUACCUGGCCUACGUGUCGCUGCCGCUCACGCUGGCCCUGUGCGUGGCCCUGAGCGCCACCACGUGCGCCACGUACGUGCUCACCAUGGCCCUGCUGGGCCGCCAACACGCGUACCUCGCCAGACAGUUGGCCACAAACAGCGUUCUCCUCUUGGCGUCCAAUUGUUUGGGACUUUUGUCCUAUUUCCUGGCCGACAAACAGCAGCGGACCGCCUUUCUUGAAACCCGGCAAUGUCUUGAGAUGAAAAUGGUCAUAGAAGAACAAUCGACUGAGCAGGAACGGCUGUUGUUGUCCGUGUUACCGGAACACGUAGCCGUCAAAAUGCGCCAGGAUUUGGGUGAGGCAUUGGACAGUCAAUUCAAAAAGAUAUAUAUGAGUAGACACGAAAAUGUUAGUAUAUUGUAUGCUGACAUCGUUGGAUUCACGGCAAUAUCGUCUACAUACUCGGCUUCGGACUUAGUAAAAAUUCUCAACGAGUUGUUCGCCAGAUUCGAUCGACUGUCCGAGAAAUACCAACAGCUCAGGAUCAAGAUUUUAGGCGAUUGUUACUAUUGUAUUAGCGGCGCUCCCAAGGAACGACCCGAUCACGCUGUGCUCAGCGUGCACAUGGGACUCUCUAUGGUCAAAGCUAUCAAGUACGUACAACAAACGACAAAUUCGCCGGUGGACAUGCGAGUGGGCAUACACACGGGUGCCGUUUUAGCCGGUGUUCUGGGCCAGAGGCAGUGGCAGUUUGACGUUUACUCCAAGGAUGUGGAAUUGGCGAAUAAAAUGGAAAGCAGUGGAAUGCCGGGACGUGUGCACAUAUCGGAGAAAACGUUGAGUUUCUUAAAUGGAGAGUUCGAAGUCGAGCCCGGUUACGGCGAACGCCGUGAAGAAGCGCUUAAGAUGGCGAGCAUAAAAACAUUCUUCAUCAUAAAAACGAUCAAACCGUUCAAAAUGGAUGUGCAGAACGGUUCGUUGACCGAUCAGAACAGUACUAGUAAAGAAUCUGUGUGCGCGACACCGAUUGAUGAUGCCGAUAUAAUAGCCCAGGCCAAAGAGGACUCCGAUAACUUUAAGAAACGAUUGAGAAAGGACUUGAUGAACAGAGAUGGUCACAGGGAUUUAAACAAACACACAAAAUUUUUCACUUUGGCAUUUAAUGAUGAAGCAAAAGAACGUGAAUACAAAUACCAUAAAGAAGCCGCAUCUGGUGUGUCUCUUAUAGGUUGUCCCUUAGUACUUUUCCUGACGUCUUCCGCACAAAUUAUAAUGUUACCCAGAGAUAUUUUAAGCUACAUGUCCAGUUGUCUCGCAUUAAUAUUGCUAUUGAUUAUUGUAGUAGUAUCAGUCGCCGACGUUUUUCCAAGAAUUCUGCCAUCAAAAAUUGUAUGGUUCAGUGAGACCAUAAAUGACUCUUUAUGGAUUCGACGUAUACUUGGCAUCACUGCCGCGUCAUUGCUAGCGUCUACCAAUCUUGUGGGACUAGUAUCAUGUUGGUCUGACAAACAAAUACUAACCAACUGCACGCAUGGCCAAAACGAUCCAUCGACUUACUGUAUGUAUCCAUCGUACUUCACUUACUUCAUGGUAUUGGCGCUAAUAGCUACGUCCAUGUUGACUCAAUUAUCUCAUUUCACCAAAGCAACUAUACUGUUCGUCAUUACUCUGAUGCAUUGCAUUGUCAACAUAGUUACAGUAGGCACAGCUAUUGACUGCGAAGAUGCAAUCAUUUACAAACCUUUCAAAGUUUUGCCAUCGAAGUAUGCAUUGUCGUUUCUACUCAUAGCCGUUACAAUGGCACUAGUGUUUUUGGCUAGAAAUAUGGAUAAGUCAUCAAGAGUUCUUUAUCUAUGGCGGACAGAAGUUGAAGAACAGAGGGAAAGAGCUUCAGACAUACGGAGAAGAAACGAAGCAUUAGUAUACAAUAUUUUACCUCCACACGUAGCCAAACAUUUCUUAGGUAGUUAUAAACGUCAGCACGAAGAACUAUACAGUCAAAGUUAUGCCGAAGUUGGAGUUUUGUUUGCAUCAAUGCCAAACUUUUCAGAUUUCUAUUCGGAAGAGACGGUUAACAACCAAGGCCUGGAGUGUUUAAGAUUUCUUAACGAAGUUAUAUCUGAUUUUGAUGCGCUUCUGGAACAACCACGCUACCAGGAUAUUAUUAAGAUUAAGACAAUCGGUUCAACUUACAUGGCUGCUAGUGGAUUAAACCCAUCGCGUGUCGUAAAGCCUGAAGAUCCCAUUGAAGUUAGAUGGGCACACCUUGCAUUGCUGGUAGACUUUGCUUUUGAUCUCAAGAAAGCACUCCAGGGGAUAAAUGAACAAAGCUUUAACCACUUUGUAUUGAAAAUGGGAAUCAAUCAUGGACCGAUAACCGCAGGUGUUAUUGGUGCGAGAAAACCUCAUUACGAUAUUUGGGGAAAUUCUGUGAACGUAGCGUCUAGAAUGGAGAGCACUGGAAAGGCUGGAUGCAUACAAGUGACGGAAGAAACGUGUAAUAUCCUGCAACACUUCGGGUUCAAGUUCGAACAACGUGGUUUAGUGGCCGUCAAGGGCAAGGGGCAACUGAUGACCUAUUACUUGGUUGGCAAAGGGCUGCAGCCUAGUCAAGCACCGCCGCCGGUCAUGGAGACACUGCCGGAAGUAGAGGAAGAAGACACCGACGAGUGCAUGGUGGUCCGACAGGCACUGUUGCCUCGGACUGAUCACAACGGGUCGACCACCACUUCCGGUUGAUGAACAACGAUAACGAGUUUAAUUAUUAUUUUAUAUUUAUUAUAUUAUGACGACUACGAGGUCAACAUGACAUCGAUCAAUGUACAACAAUACAUAUGUUAUAAAUAAUAUUAUUUAAAUUACCCAUUUCCGUCGCAAAGGCCAUACGAGACGUCACGUGUAAACGUAGGCUAUACUUUCAUCUACACGCCAUGUGCCGAAAAAUAAUAACUACAAAAUAAUAGCUGUACAAUAUUAUGUCAUAUUACUAUUUACUACCUGCGAUAACCUUACUACGAUUUAAGUGUAAUUUAUUGUUAUGUUUGUCAUGUGUUUACGGUUGAAGACUUAUCUGAUCUAUUCGCUUAAUUUUUUUUUUAUAAUUUUAUUAUUUUUUAAAUACCUAUUCUGUUUCUUUGUAUUUACUUAGUUUUCUUUCUACUUUUUUUUUCUUUUUUGUAUCGAUAAUACCACCGUUAAUGUUAAACACACCAAGACGAUCGUUUUAUAAAACCCUCUGACUUGAUUUUAUUUGUUCAUAUUGAACACGGAAACAUAUAAUUAAUGUAAAAACAACAGAAAUGUUAUG